AUGGCAAUUUUGAGUUCUCAGAAGAGAGAAGAGAUGAGAAGAAAUGAAAGUUUUCGCCGACGCCCUCGAAAGAGCAGCAAGCCCUGUAGAGCUAGUACCAAUUCUGUUGCAGAUCAGUUUCGUUUUUGGCCCUUUUUGGUUGAAAAAACCGAAGCACCAACCCAGAAAUCUUGUGUAAAUAAGGGCAAGAAAAUGAUCGGAUUAGCACUGCCUAAUCUUGAUCAAGAACUGCCCUCCAAGAAAUCUUGUGGAAAGCUACGUGCUGAAGCUAAAACUAGCCAAGAAAGCCGAAAAAUCGAGAUCAUUUUCAAGAAAAAAUUAGUGAAAGCCAAAGCUCAAGAAACUGGGGCGACGGGGGACCCUGUUUUGGUGAUUGAGAAGAGUUUGUUUCCAUCAGAUGUUUCAGCCAAGCUUCACAGAUUGUCGAUACCAGUCAAGCAAGUUGCCAAUCACGAGUUCUUGACAGAAGAAGAGAGGAAAAGAUUCAACAAUGGGAACAAACAAGAAAAAAUUGAUGCCAUCUGGUACUGCUCACAUUGUUUCCGCCAAGGUCACGAUGUGGAGACUUGUCAUGUUUUAAAGCCCGAGUUGCGAGGAGCAUCUGGUCACCAUACCAAGACUACUGGAACAACACAACUACGGUUGGCAGAGACGUCGAAUACAGACAUGCCUGAUGGCCCUUUGGAGGGUAAUGGAGAAAGGCCAUCGGUAUUGAUACAAGAUGCGGCAGUAAUUGAUGGGGCAAAGGGAGAAGUUAAUGAGACUGUGACUGGCAAAGCGCUAGUUGCUCACGAUCAGUUAAUAGGUGGUACGCCUCACGAAGCUGAGCAAGGUGACCAGGUGCAGCAGUCCUGUGCUACUAUACCAGCGCAGCAGGAGAGGAAAAUGGAGGAGAAUUAUGGGACGGUGGCGGUAGAAGGUAUCGAGGUGGUGCUGCCACAUGACAAAGGAGAGGAACGUUCUGAGGAUGUGGGGAGUGGGUUGCCCGCGAGGGUGGUCGUACGUUCUGCUGAGGGGCAAGUUGAAGACAUACAAGAUACUCAACGAAGGGACGGUACCCUCUCCCCUAGGGGCAAGGAUCUUAUCCGACAAGAAGAGUCAUCACUAGAGACCGGGCAUAUAGACACGGGGGGUACCCUGGAACUAGAAGAAGUUGUUCGUAAGGAGCGAAUGGAUGCAAGGUCGCGUGGUCUCCGGGUUGGUCUCCCGUCAGAUAGAACACUACGCUCCAUGAUUACAGGGGAGUCUCCCCAACAUAUAACUAUUAGAGUACAAUCUCAUCUUUUCCAAGACUCCAUUAUUUUGUCUUGUAUACACGCGAAGUGUACGCAGCAGGACAGAGAGGAUUUGUGGAAUGCACUUUUGCAGGAUAAACCCGCCUUCAAUCCUUGGUUUUUGGUGGGGGAUUUCAAUGUGGUCACAAAUACAGAGGAGAAGAGGGGUGGAUUGCCAUUUAGACCGUCGGAGGGAUCAGACUUUCUGAAUUUUAUGGCGCUAGCUGGUGUCAGUGAUGCGGGAUUCUCUGGGUCAAGGUUUACAUGGUGUAAUAAUCGUUCGGGAACGGCGCGGAUCUGGAAGCGUCUGGAUCGCUUACUUCUGUGUGGGAGUGCAAUGGAGCUACCGUACCAAUUCAUGGUGCAACAUUUAGGCCGUGACCCGUCGGAUCAUGCUCCCUUGUUGCUAUCGGUGGAUACGAGGCUAGACAAUAAACCCAAGCCGUUUCGUUUCUUAAACAUCUGGACCACUCAUCCUGAUUUUCUGGGGGUUAUCAAGGACUGUUGGGUUCAUCCAGUCAAUGGCUCUCCUUUGCAAGUAUUGGCAUCGAAGUUGAGGAAUGUUAAAAAUGCCCUCAAGCAGUGGUCUAGGACGACAUUCGGGGAUAUUUUUGAAGGGGUACGUAGUGCAGAGCGUGUGGUAACCGAGUCUGAGACAGCAUACGACCUCGAUCCUACUGAGCAGCGACGGAGCGAGUUACAUCAUGCUCGGGCUCGAUUGCGCCGAGCGCUUGUAGUUGAGGAGGGUUUUUGGAGACAAAAGGCGCGGGUUAAGUGGCUUUCGGACGGAGAUAGGAACACCAAAUAUUUCCACUCCUUGGUUUCGGAAAGGAGACGUAGGGCAGUAAUUCAUCGAGUCAGGGGUACUGCUGGAGAAUGGAUCGAGGGGGAAUGCCAAAUUGGGGAGGCAGCGGUGGGUUUCUUUAAGGAACUUUUCACGGCAGAGGGGGAUCUUCCCUCCCUUACCGGUCUGGAGAUCAUACCUAAACUGAUAACAGACCAGGAAAACUCACGGUUAACGGACAUUCCAUCUCUUACAGAAGUUAAAGACAUAGUCUUUGCUAUGGAUGGAGAGAGCGCAGCCGGCCCGGACGGGUUUACAGGGAAAUUCUUUACCUUUGCUUGGGAGGUAGUGGCAUCGGAUUUAUACCGGGCGGUUGUCAGCUUUUUCUGCGGUGCUGAACUACCUAGGAGUAUCACGGCUACCUCAAUUGUGUUGCUGCCAAAAGUGGAGAACCCCCAAGAUUUUAAGCAUUUUCGUCCAAUCAGUCUGUGCAACUUUACUAACAAAAUCAUCUCCAAGCUGUUAUCGGCAAGGUUGGCGAUGAUAUUACCCCGGAUUAUAUCUCCACAGCAAAGCGGGUUUGUCCAAGGGAGGCAGAUUACAGAUAAUUUCUUGUUAGCUCAGGAGUUAGUAGCCGAUAUCGGGAAAUCAAAUCGGGGUGGCAAUGUGGUCAUCAAGUUAGACAUGAUGAAGGCUUAUGAUAAAGUCUCAUGGCCCUUUCUCCUACAGGUGCUACGAUAUUUCGGAUUCAGUGAGACCUGGAUAGACAUGAUUUGGCGAUUAAUAUCGAAUGUGUGGUUCUCGGUACUUGUUAAUGGUGGUUCAAACGGCUUUUUCAGAUCUUCACGGGGUUUACGGCAAGGGGAUCCAAUUUCACCAGCCUUAUUCGUUAUCGGAGCUGAGGUGCUGUCUAGAACCCUCAACACGCUACCCACACAAAGAGGAUUUACUCCGUUCAAAGUUCCUCCUCAUUGUUCUAUAAUUACGCAUUUGGCAUUCGCCGAUGACGUGAUUAUCUUUUCCAGUGGGGCCAAGUCAUCCCUACGUCUGAUUACACGGGUUUUGGAUGAUUAUAAUGAGGCAUCAGGUCAGCGAAUCAACCCUCAGAAGAGUUGUUUCCUUACUCAUCCACGGGCACCAUCUCAGAGGGCAGCGGUUGUUAACCAGAUACUAGGGUAUAAUAAACGCGACUUUCCAAUACGGUACCUUGGUUGUCCCUUGUAUACCGGAAGGAGCAAGAAGGUUUACUAUACGGAUAUAUACAAUGCGGUGGCGAAUCGGAUUUUGAGUUGGAAAAACCAGAUUUUAUCGCUAGGAGGCAGGGUGGUGUUGAUUCAGAGCGUGUUAUCCUCUAUGCCAAUUCACUUGCUGGCAGCCGCGUCCCCUCCAAAAGGGAUGUUGAUGGUCAUAGAGAAAUUGUUCGCCAAGUUCUUGUGGGGAUCUUCGAAUUUCGGGGAUAAAUUCCAUUGGAUACGUUGGGCAGAUUUGUGUCGGCCGAAGGAUGAAGGGGGUGUAGGCCUGCGGGGUUUGAAACAGGUCUACGACUCAUUUUCCAUUAAACUCUGGUGGAAAUUUCGACAACAACAAUCAUUAUGGGCAAAGUUUAUGUCCCAGAAGUAUUGUGCAGGUCAUCACCCUUGUCUUGCUGAUAUUGGGCAUCCGGGAUCCCAAGUUUGGCAGAGGAUGGUCACAAUGCAGCGUUUUGGGGAGGAUAAUAUUAGCUGGGUAGUUCGGGAGGGGGCUUUGGACUUUUGGCAUGAUAAUUGGAUGGGGUCAGGUGCGCUUUGUGACAAGGUUGAGGUCUUCCAUGAUCAUUCGGUGGUUGAUUUUGUAGAUCGGCGGGCUUGGAAUGUGGACAUGCUCCAUCAAUUCUUGGAUGGAGAAUUGGUUACGCAGGUUUUGGAGAUUGACCCUCCUACCGAUAGGGGAAAUGAUACAAUGGUAUGGGCAUUGACGAACUCGGGUGUUUUUUCCACUGCAUCGGCUUACUCAUUGAUCCGUCAAUCCAAUGACAAUUCUUGGCUUUUUGGUCGUAUAUGGCAGCAGGGUCUUCCAGUCAAGGUUUCUUUCUUUAUGCUGCGACUACUACAGGGGAGGCUCCCUCUUAUGGAUCGCCUAAAGAGGUUUGGGGUUUGUGGCCCAUCUAGAUGCUUGUGUUGUCAGAAUCCCCAGGAGGAGGAUUUGAAUCAUGUGUUUUGCUCAGGAGAAGGGGCACGAUUGGUCUGGCGACACUUCGAGAGUACUGCUGGUGAGUUUAGUGGGGUGCAUACGGUGCGUCAUAUGGUGUGGUCUUGUUGGUUAAGGAGGGGGACUAAUGAUCGUGUAAAGUUUUUGCAUAAUAUACUUCCUUCGGUGGUAUGCUGGGUUUUAUGGAAGGCUAGGAAUGAAGGGGUGUUUGAAGGUCGGAAGAUGAGGAUCAGGCCUACGGUGAAUCGGAUUGUUCAGUUUCUGCAUGAUUUCCUUCAGUCACGGUUCCCGGGGGUGCAGCCUUCUGCCCCUACAUGGGAAGGGUUGCUUCUCGAAUUAGGUAGUCAUCAAAGGCGGAUGGUUAUUAGGCCAGUUUACUGGGUAACUCCACGUAGAGGCUAUAAGUUGAAUUCAGAUGGAUGUUCUCGGGGGAACCCAGGAAGGAGUGGGGGGGGUGGGCUUGUGCGGGAUAGUCGAGGAAAUUUUGUAUUCGGCUACGCGGAGCCCUUCGGGGUGAUAACCAGCAUGCAGGCGGAACUUCGAGCGUUGCUAUGGGGCGUUAGACAUUGUGUGAUUCGAGGGUGCUUGGAGUUACACUUAGAGGCGGAUUCUCUCACCCUGGUUCACAUUGUUCAAGGGACUAGUGCUUGUCCUUGGCGUUUACAGAGAGAUCUGGAUGAGUUGAUGAUGUUCAAGCAAUAUUUCACAUCGAUCACACACUGCUACAGGGAAGCAAACGCACCUGCAGAUCGUUUGGCAAAUUUUGGUGCUGAUUCUAGUACAGGUCAUGUGUUUAAUACAUUCUCAGAAUUGCCGCAAUUGGUUAGGGGGGCUAUUAGAUUAGAUCGAUUAGGAUUUCCUACGUUUCGUACACGGUGUCUGGCAUGA